AUGACCAAUUCCAUUGUCAGCAAGGGCAAGGACAGUUCUGAACGCCCAUUUACACCAUCACUUGCCUUCAAACUACCUGAUCCAAACACCAUUAUGCCUGCGCCACCCAUGCCCCUAACUCCCAAGAAACAGAAGCAAAGUUCAGCUACUGUUUCGUCCAGCUAUUGGGAGAAGGUCGAGCAUGGAUCCAUUGACACUCACAUGGUCAGUGAUAGCCUCUUUAGACUUUUGCUUGCAUCCAAGACCGAUAUGCCACACAGCAGUGAGUCUUCUGUGGCCACAGAUUACUCAGGCAUUGAGCUGUCCUUCUUCACUGUAGCCAACCGUUGGGUCAAUUUCCCAGUCCCUGUCACCCCUACACGAUCACCAUUAACUUGCCAAAACCUGGAAGCCCUGCAGCAGGGAGGAAUGAAUUUGGACUCACCUAUUCCAAGCGUAACACCAUCUUCAAACCGCUUGACAGCCCAAUCAGUUAGCAUGCCUAGUUCAUCGUGCCAUGCUGUCGAGCCUUACGAACUUCCUGAUAACGAUUGA